UGGGAAACACGUGGGUCUGAAGACCUUCGAAGCAUUUCAGUUUUCAACUUUUUACUCAGGGAGAGAGAGUGUGUGCGGCUCAUAUUCCAGCGGUGGUCGGCGGGGAAGUCAUUUUCCGGCGAUGGAGGAGCAGAACUCCGAGGACUUGCUCCCAACUGGAUGGACAGUGGAGGUCAAGUUUAGAAAAAAUGGCAGAAGAGACAAGUAUUAUUACGAAUCCUCAAGUGGGCAUAGAUUUAGUUCCAGGGCAGAGGUAUCUCGAUAUCUCAGCACCUCCAGUCAUGAAGACGAACAGAAAAUUAAAGAGACUCUCAAGCGACCUUCAGAUGAUAUUGUAGUUGAGAAGACUGUAGCAGAAGGACUACCUCCAGGGUGGACCAAAGAAAUUCGGAUUACAAAAAAGGCUCGAAAGACUAGGAGAGACACGCAUUAUAUAGCUCCUGUAAGUGAAAAAGUAUUCUGCUCUAUCAGGGAUGUGCAUCGAUAUCUUGAAAAUGAGGAGCCAGGAAGGUUAAUUCUUGAGCUGAGUGGCGAUAAGGAAUUGGAAGAUGAAAAAGCCUCUGAAUUAGACAAACCGAGCUUGAACUUGAAUGAGACAAUGAAGGAUGGAGAGAUACUUAAUUGUUCAUGUAAUAGAGAAGGCCCGUCCCUUCCUAAACAUACUUCUGAUCAGAGUGAGGCAGGCACUGAAUUAGGCAGCUUAAAUCCUUCAGAAGCCAAAGGUUCGGAGCAAAAUGAACAGGAUGGUGAUUCUACAAAAAGUGAAUGUAUUUCAGCUCCCGAAGGUGGAGACCCGCCAGGUAGCCAAUGCCUGGAAAGUGGGCCGAUAAAACAUGAAAGAAACCGUCCUGGUCUCUGCAAAUCAAAGAACAAGAAAGAGCUUAUCUUGCCUCGCCGUGCUUCAAAGCGACUAGCUGGAGUUGAAGUUGGUCCAGUUCCAGAACUGAAAACAAGUACUCGAACCCGUCGAGUUGCAAUUGAACAGUCAGGGGAGGGAGCACGCCAUACAACUGAAGGCCUGUCCCUUCCUGAACACAGUUCUGAUCAGAGUAAUGUUACAAAUUUCACGUCUUGUUUACAAUCUCUUGGUGAGGUGGGCACUGAAUCAGGCAGCUUAAAUCCUCCAGAAGCCAAAGGUUCAGACCAAACAGAACAGGACAGUGAUUCCACAAAAGGUGAAUGUAUUUCAGUUGCUGCAGGUGGAGUCCUGCCAGGUAAGCAGUGCCUGGAAAGUGGGCUGAUGAAACAUGAAAGGAAAAAGGCCCGUCUUAGCCUUUGCAAAUCAAAGAAUAAGAUUGAGCUUAUCUUGCCUCGCCGUGCUUCAAAGCGACUAGCUGGAGUUGAAGUUGGUCCAGUUCCAGAACUGAAAACAAGUACUCGAGCAUGUCGAGUUGCAAUUAAACAGUCAGGGGAGGGAGUAUGCCAUACAACUGAAGGUUCUUACCCUGGUGAUUUGCUCAGUUGUGCGUCCCAACAUCCUGAUUAUUUUGAGGUUGAGCCAAAAAAGCAUAUUCAAAACGUGGAACGAGCAAUUAAUGGUGAUGACAAGCAACGGUGUGCUUCUGUUUUCCCAUCGGGGAGCCGAACUAGCCCAGAAGAGCAUGCAGGAAAACUUGAAACUGAUGAUAAGGCGGAAGAGAAACCAGGACUUCAACCAGACUUGCCUCUUGAGGAUUUCUUCACAGAUCCCUGCAUUGCAUUUGCAAUAGAGACUCUCACUGGAAUAGGUUUUGACAAUUCCAGGAGCAAUGAUGAGCAUUCUUCAGGGGACCUGGCUACUCCAAAAGGUCAUGCUGGGGACGUAGAAACAGACAAUAAGAGCAGCGGAAAGCAGGAAAGCGGCAACCUCUUUAUACCAGAAGACGGAUGGAAAGUUGCAAGGGAUGAUAACGCUAGACAGAAGUCCGGAUCCCCAACUGAGUUGCCUUUUGGGGGUUCAUGGCCCGAUCCAUGCAUUGAAUUUGCUAUUAAAACUCUCACGGGUGCAAUCCCAGUAGACUACGAUCCGCAUAUCGAGGAGUACUUUCAGCAGCAACUAAGCUCAUCAAAAACUCAAGGAACAAGCGACUUGACCUUGAAAAAUGUUGGUUUGGAUAACUUCUGCCAAACGGAUGAUUUGUGCGAGCAAUUCUGUCAUGCUGAGUUCCCCAUGCUUAAGAAACAAGCGCUUUCUGAGCCUCGACUCACCAAGAGUGGAAGUUUACAUAGUUCCGGUGGAUCAGAUGUAAACCAAAAGGGGAGUCAGAGACACUGACUUCAACCCUUGUACAGCUUAUAGAACACCUUGUAGCAACCUGCUUCCACGCCCUCCUUUCACCCUCCCUCUAACCCUUUUUACUUUUCUUGUGUCGUCUUUUAGGAAGAGACCACAUCGGUGAAGCUUUCGCUGUUUGCACCUGUGUGUACGUGUAACACUAGUGUCUGUAACUUUAGUACGAUGUAUUCAUGCUAUUUUCCCAUUAUGUUAGCUAAGUUUGUUCACUAA